AUGGUUGGCCGGGAUGCAACGGACGAAAUAACAGCAUUGCACUCAAAGGAAGCACAGACACAUAUGCAAAAGUAUGUGGUAGGAAGAAUACACGGAAAAUGGCAAAAUUUCUUGCCUCCGAUACAGGGAGGAACGUUCAGAACGCUGGUCUCGAAGGACGUCGACGACGAAGCGGUAUCUGCCGAAGAGGAUGUCAGCUCAUCUGGACAAUCGACACCACCAUCAACAGUCUUCGAUCCCGACGACACAGGAGACCAAGUUCGUCUGAGGCGUGCAAAGAACGAUACACCCAUUUCUCGAGCUUCAUCAUUGUCCCCAUCAGAGCCGGAGCUGGGGAAAUUCAGGCCUGCAGAAGCAUCAAUUGCCCACGCGAUAUCAUCUGAUCUCUCAAAAUAUCCUCGUCUGGAUAAGAGGUCCCAAGACGAGGUCGCCUCAAAGUACCGCCAGCUCGAUGAAACGCUGCAAUCCGAAGGUCUCUACGAUUGUCCAUAUACCUCAUACGCUGUUGAAUUUCUCCGAUACUUGGUUCUUUUCGUCCUCUUCUUGACAUGUCUUCACUACUCCUAUUACGCUCUUUCGGGCCUUUUUCUUGGGCUACUCUGGCACCUGCUUGCAUUCACCGUCCACGACGCCGGUCAUCUAAGCAUAACCCAUGGAUUCCACACGGACAGCUGCAUCGGGAUUUUCAUCGCAGAUUUCCUCGGUGGUCUUUCAGUCGGUUGGUGGAAGCGAAACCACAACGUGCAUCACAUAGUAACCAACUCGCCCGAGCACGAUCCGGACAUCCAGCACAUGCCAUUUUUCGCCAUCUCCUCUCGAUUCUUUAAUUCUCUGCACUCGAGCUACUACGACCGCGAUAUGAACCUCGACGCUGCAGCACGGUUCUUCAUCAAGUAUCAGCAUUACCUCUACUAUCCCAUACUAUUAUUCGGUCGUUUCAACCUGUACCGCCUAGCAUGGUCAUACCUCCUCGAUCCGGCGCAGGCGCCCCGGAAAGGCGCAGCAUGGUGGCACCGCUACCUUGAAAUGGCGGGCCAGGUUUUCUUCUGGUACUGGUACGGCUACCGGACGGUAUACCUCUCGAUCCCGACGUGGUCGGCCCGCAUCAUAUUUCUCUUCAUCUCGCAUAUGGUCACCGCCCCGUUGCACGUACAACUCACACUCAGUCACUUCGCCAUGUCCAGCGCCGAUCUGGGCGUUGAUGAGUCAUUUGCUCAGAAGAUGGUGCGGACGACCAUGGACGUCGAUUGCCCGCCGUGGCUGGACUUUGUGCACGGCGGCCUCAAUUUCCAAGUCGUGCACCAUCUGUUCCCUCGCCUCCCGAGGCAUAACUUGCGCCGGGCGCAGCCGUAUGUGAAGGAAUUCUGCCGCGACGUUGGAAUUCCCUACGUCAUAUUUGGUUUUACGCGGGGAAACAAGGAAGUCAUUAGCAGACUGGGCGAGGUUGCCGAACAAUUAAGCGUGUUGGAGGAAUGCAGAAAGGUUGCUGCGAAGGAUUUGAUUGAGGGUCGCCAUGGUCACUGA